GAGGGCGUGAGAGUGUGUGUGUCAGUGUGUGUGUGUGUGUGAAAGCCACCACUAGUCGCCCCCAGUGCUCUUCAGUCUCCACUCUCCCUUCUCACCGCAGACUGAACGUCACGUCCGCACUUGAACUUGAGUUUUCUCCCAUUGUAGAAGCCAGAGAGCCGCACACAGCCGCACACAACCGCACACAGCCCGGGGACGCAUGCGGGGACUCUGCAGCUCCAGCACAAAGACCAAACAGUGUGGCAGUGUGUCCUCAAACCAGCGCCGGGCUUUGACUUGAAGAGUUUAAGUAGAACCCAUCCGCCCAACUGGCACUGGCAGUGCAGCAGAAGAAGUGCCCACAACCGCUUGGCGACUCCCCGAGGUGCCGCGCGGAACAGUUUUUUAUUGAUUUAUUUUUUUAUCACACUUUUCCAGGUAACUUUCAGGUGUGUCCGAAAGGGGCCACGCAGUGUCCAAGGUGGCCGGAGAGUGGACACAGGUAGUGACCCAGCACCGGGAGCUGAGCGCCGACCUCCCGCGCUUCGCCGCUUCUCUUCGCUCCGCUGCACUCCUCUCUCCGCUGCUCUCCUCUGACAUAUGGACUGAAAGCAGCCGCGGCAGAGCCGGACUACUGUCUCACCGCAGCCGCAGUCACCGCCGCCGCGACCCAACAAGGGAGGAGGCGCACCACCACUUUGGCACCGAGCUGCCAGCGAGCGCACGGCCGCUCACCCGGGAAGAGCACAGCCGUUACCCGCUGCUGCUGGAGGGACAUCCACUGGAAAGGGGUCACUGCGAGGGCCACGUUUUGGGCCAGUGCAGAGGCAGAGUCGGUGCCUGGUGGCCAACGAGCGCUCGGUUUUGGGGCCAGAUUGCGGUCGGUAUAGAGCAGCAGCAGCGGCAGCAGCAGCAGCAGCAGCAGGAGAAGGAGCAGGAGAAAGUGGAGGAGGAGAACCGACCCUUCCAGCGCUGCUCUCCAGGCGAUGCCAGUGUAAAUGCCAGGGCGAUGUCCCGACGCAAGCAGGGGAACCCGCAGCACCUGUCCCAGAGAGAAAUAACACCUGAGAUCGAGCACCCAGAUGGCAGCCUGCUCUCUGACUCCUUGCUCCCGCAGCCUGGUGGUCUACCUCCCCACCCGCUGGAGCCUGUCCUGGCCCACGCACUGCCGCCUGGCUUUCACGCCGACCACGAUCUGCUGACCUGUGGGCAGUGCCAGGUGACCUUCCCGCUGGGUGACAUCCUCCUCUUCAUUGAGCACAAGAAGAAGCAGUGCCAAAUGCCGCUGUUGGCCAAUGGCUGCUAUGACAAGAUGAGUGAUCGGGAAGGAGGGAGUCCCGCUCUGCAGGGCCUUCAUCACCUCGGCGGGCAGCGGGUGGAGAUGAGAAAGGUGGUGGAGCCGGUGGAGAUCGGCAUCCAGGUGACACCAGAGGAGGAGGAGGUGGGAGGAAGAAGAGGGGAAAGAGGUGAGAGGGAGCAGAGGACGCCCAAAGGAAUUUGCCCCAAGCAGGAAAACGCACUGGCAGGUGGUAGGGAUGAGCCUUCCAGCUACAUAUGUACCACAUGUAAGCAGCCCUUCCCCAGUGCCUGGUUCCUGCUGCAGCAUGUCCAGAACACCCAUGGAAUUCGAAUUUAUCUUGAGUCCAAUCCCUCAAGCACUGCCCUCACCCCACGCAUCUCAAUGCCUCCACCUAUGGGCAGCGACUCCAUACCACAAUCCCCCCUUGCCAACUUUCUUGGUGACAACAAUCCUUUCCACCUUCUAAGGAUGACAGGUCCUCUGCUUCGUGAGCCUCCCCCAGGCUUUGUGGAGAACCGCCUUCCCAACACGCCUCCAUUUGUCAGCCCUCCACCCCGCCACCACCUGGACCCCCACCGGCUGGAGCGCCUUAGUGCAGAGGAAAUGGGCCUCAUCUCCCAGCACCCUAGUGCCUUUGAAAGGGUGAUGCGGCUAACGCCUAUGGCCAUGGAGUCCCAAUCCAUGGACUUCUCCAGACGGUUACGUGAGUUGGCGGGUAACAACAACAGCACCACACCACCGUUGUCACCCAGCAGGGCCAACCCUAUGCACCGACUACUAAACCCCAAUCCCUUCCAACCUGGACCAAAAUCUCCCUUUCUUAGCACCCCUCCCUUACCGCCGAUGCCCCCAAAUAGCACCACCCCUCCCCAGACACAGAACAAGGUCAAGUCCUGUGAGUUCUGCGGUAAGACCUUCAAGUUCCAGAGCAACUUGGUGGUGCAUCGGCGCAGCCAUACUGGAGAAAAACCUUACAAGUGCCAGCUGUGUGACCAUGCCUGCUCUCAGGCUAGCAAGCUGAAGCGCCACAUGAAGACCCACAUGCACAAGGCAGGAUCCCUGACAGGGCGCUCAGAUGAUGGUCUGUCUACUACAAGCUCCCCAGAGCCGGGAACCAGUGAUGUCACAGGUGAGGGCAUGAAGAAUCGAGAUGGUGACUUCCAGGGGGAAGGUAAUGAGGAGGAGGAAGAGGAGGAAGAAGAAGAGGAACUUGAGAAUGAGAGUCGACCAGAAUCCAACUUCAGCAUGGAAUCUGAGUUCUACCGAAACAGGGAAAAUGGGUCUAAACAACUGACAGAGGAGAAAUCAUCACAUCACGCUCUUAACAAGAUGGUAGAAGGUGGGGGGCUCAACUCUAUACAACAGUACAAUAAUUUGAUAGUUGACAAUCGUAAAAGAAUGCCCUUCUCCAAGCAGGGCUCAGAUGGACUGCGGGACACUGGGGAUGAAGACUCAGUGGCUGGGGAAAUGGACCACCAGCAGCAGGAACAGAGGACCACCAUUAAUGGACGAAACUGUGGCUCUGGUGACUCUUUCUCAGGCCUCUUCCCCCGUAAGCCCACCCCCAUCACCAGCCCCAGCCUGUCCAACUCUUCCAAUAAGAGGAUCAAGAUUGAAAAAGACUUGGACAUUCCCCCAGCACCCCACAUUCCCUCUGAGAAUGUCUACUCCCAGUGGUUGGUGGGCUACGCUGCCUCACGGCACUUCAUCAAAGACCCUUUCCUAGGGUUCACUGAUUCCAGACAAUCUCCGUUUGCCACCUCCUCUGAGCACUCGUCAGAGAACGACAGCCUGCGAUUCUCAACACCUCCGGGUGAUCUGCUGGACGGGGGCCUGUCGGGCCGCAGUGGCACAGCCAGCGGGGGCAGCACACCACAUCUGGGUGGAGGCCCUGGUCGACCAAGCUCCAAGGACAGCAAGCGGUGUGAUACCUGUGAAUAUUGCGGUAAGGUGUUUAAAAACUGUAGCAACCUGACAGUGCACCGGCGCAGUCACACUGGUGAAAGGCCCUACAAGUGCGAGUUGUGCAACUAUGCCUGUGCGCAGAGCUCCAAGCUCACACGCCACAUGAAGACACAUGGCCAGCAUGGUAAGGAGGUCUACCGCUGUGACAUUUGCCAAAUGCCCUUCAGCGUGUACAGCACUCUGGAAAAACACAUGAAAAAGUGGCACGGAGAACAUUUGAUGACCAAUGAGGUCAAAAUUGAACAGACAGAGAGAACCUAAAGAAGGUUCCCUAUUUCUGUACUUUGCGCCAGACUUUGACUUAAAAAAUAAACAAAUAGGGGAGCUGGAUACUCUUUUUCUGAAAUGUUACUUUCGGGUAGAUUUUUGUGUUUUUGCCUAAGAAACUGCCAGCUGAGAAAAAAAGAGAAAACAGAGAUUUUAACACCAACUGAAGCUGUCUAAACUGCCUCAUUUGGCGUUCCUUUUUAAACAAUCACUCACUUGAGUUAUUAUUUGGAGCCUUUAACUGUGCAAUAAUUUCUGUAUUUAUUGGAUUUUGUAUUUUGGCAUGUGCAGGUACAUUUUCAUUUAGGCUUUUAUUUUAUUUAGUUUGACUUUGCAUUGCUCUGUUUUUUAGUACCCCCACAUGAUAUCCUGAGAGUUUAAAAGUCCAUUUAAGUAAACAUUUUUGGCCGCUACAUGUAGGAAAUUGUAUAUUAAGCUAAAUGUGAUUUCUCGAAGAGGAGCUGAAUUCAAGCUUCAAUUUUGAAAGUGGCUUUUAUAACUGAGAAUGCUAGAAUUUACAUUUUCAUUUUAUGUGAUUAUGACGAUAUGCGGACAACAAUCCUUUGGCACUGUAGCAUGAACUGACUCUAAAACAUGUCAAUAUAAUUGGAUAUGUAGCACUGAGUGUCAUAUUUGACAGUAAAUGUAAAAUCAAACAGGUUUCCUCCUGAAAAGACCAUAAAAAGCCAGAAGAUACUGAUUCUAGAUGAGGCAGCUGCUGACUGGUAUGUAGUACCAAGCCCUGACAACGCUAUAACUCACUUUUUUUUUUUUUUUGCUCUCUACACCCUCCACUUACUACCACCUUACCCACAUUCAAACAUCCAUGUAUUAUAUUUUGCAUGAAGCUGUAUGAUCCAGGCUAUAUUAUUUAUUAGGAGUAAACUGAGUAUGAAGCCAUCCAUAAUACAGAGACAUGAAAGGAUGAGACAUGGGAGCGAGCACAGGGACAUCUCAGGGUGAGCUAUACUACUUUUCUUUGUUUAUCCUCAUCCAGAGGCAUUUCCAUGUCGUCAUAUGCUGAAAUCCUUUAAGGGACACCUUAUCUUAUCCACCUUAUCUGCCUAAUGUCCAUGCUUUGUUCUUAUUUCAAAGAAAAGUCACAGCACCUACUUUCUGUAGAACAUGAAUUAGAUAAAAGUUGGUUAAAUGUAGGGCUGCAACUAAUGAUUACUUUCAUAAUCGAUUAAUCCAGUUAUUGUUUUCUUGAGUCAUUGUUUGGUAAAAAUGAUGAUAUUUUCAAAUGUCUUGUUUUGUCCACAAAAUUAUUCAGUCGCAUUGAUUCCUUUGUCAUAAGAAGUAAAUAAAAUAUUCACGUUUAAGAAGCUGAAAGAAUCAGAGAACUUGCUUCAAUUAUAAAAUUAAUCUGUUAUAAAGUCAGUAGAAAAUGAAUUUAGUAAGUGAGUAAUUCAUUUAGUAAUUAAUUAAUUCAUUUACGAAUUGAUUAAUCGUUGCAGGCCUAUAGUAACAUGUAUGUGAAUAAAUGGCAGAAGCUACCAUUUAAAGUAGAUCUCAUUGAAUUAUCCAAACCUGUUUAAGAAUCAACAUCCUUAUGUGUUUCUGUCAUGACAUUUAUCACAAUUUGUUUAAACAUAACAUUAGUAGUACAUUUUUGCUUGUAUUGUUAUAGUGAUUUGCAUAAUGUGAUUAAUGAAGCCUCCUCUGUGGGAAUAAGAGUCCCUCAAAGUUUCACCAUUACACUUAAGUUGGAAAAAAAAGGUAUGUUUGUUCUGAGAAACUAGGACUUAAGCAGCACCAGCUCGCUCCAUGCUCCUUGAAUAUCAUGACCCCAGUUUUCUUCCAAAUGGCACUUUUUAAAAAAACAAAAACAAACAAACAUCAGAUCUAAUUUAAUGUUAAUUAGCUCAUAACAAUAGACCUGCACUUUAGGGUUCUCUGUACAACACACAGAAACCUGGACAGAAAAGGGUCUAGAACUUGGGAUCUUCUGACACUGACGUGCCCAGGGUUGUUUGGCUUGGCUUUCCCCAAUACUGGCACUAUAAAUAAUAAAUCAUAAUUCUAAUAAUCACAAUAAUGAUGAUGAUAACAAACAUGAAUCCAGGACAGUUUCUGUACUGCCAUUCAAUUUGACAUGAGUGUGCCUUGAAAAAACAAUCUUCCUACUGAUUGUCACACAUAAAUGCAACAGAUUAACGAAGCAUCAAAUUAAACAAACAAAAAGUAAAACAUCUAUUAAUUUUAAUGUGUAACCUGACAUCUCAACUCAAUAAUUGAAUUCAGUCAAAAAUGAAACAAUGCUGAGUUUAGACUUUGGAAUAUCCAGCACUCAAUACUAGCGUGUCUGUGUGUGUAUAUAUGUAUGCAUAUGUACAUAUAAAGACACAAACAAACAUUUAUAUAAAUAUAUACAUAUAUAGAGAGAGGUAGAUAUAUAUCAAAUUCUUCACACAAGUCUCAGCAGAAAAACACCAAGAGUGAACAAAAGCCACAAAAAUUCAACAAAGACCUGGACAGAAAUCAGGAAAAAAAUUAUUUUAGUGCACUCUGUCUUAAUACAAGUUUACAGUAUUGAAACAAGUACAAGGGUAAAACAAUAUUUUGUGUGUAUGUGUGUUUUGAACAAAUGUUUUUUUUUUCCCCUUUUUAUUUUCUGCUUCUAAAAUUUCUCUGAAAGCCGUGCUGGCGACGUGUGUGUUGUUUUUCUUUCUCACUUUCUGUUAUUUUUAUUUUGGUGACGGGGUUUUUUAGUAUAUAUAUAUAUAUAUACAUAAAUAUAUAUAUAUAUGAAUAUAUAUAACAUUUUUCUUGUUUACUGUAAAAAUAUACCAAUAUUUGUAAUAUUGGAGAAUGCCUGGGCAUUUUACAAAAAUAGAAAAAGAUAGUUAUUUUUUUUAUUUUUUAUUUUUUACUUUUAUUUUGCAGUCCAAUUUGAAUUGUGGGUCUCUUAAAACUGUUUUGUCACUGUAACUGUAAAAGUCUUAAGUUUUAGUAACUUUUCUUCUGCAUUGGGUGUCAUGAAAUAAUAAAAAAAAACGAGUUAAAAAAAAUGACUGAGCUGUAACACACUUGGAUUUGGUGUGGGAGUUUGGGGUGUGGGUAAGUGGGAGGGUGGGUCGAUGCUGCUCCAUUAACAAUAGAUGGUGGAUGGAGGUGUCAUUUCAGAAAUGUCUUAUUCUGGAAAAAUCACACUGAGAAUUUUGACUUAUGUAUCUAUUUUCCUUCUCCUGGAAUGAAUUGUGCUUCAUGGAUGGUUUAAAAUACAUGUUAAGGCACUUGGUGUCUUUUCGGACGAGCUUUUCGGACGAGCUUUUUUUUUCUUGUAGGCCUUUGUGCAUCCUUUGUGAAUAUGGUACUCUGAGUACCACAGUGACUUCAUUCCAGGGACAAGAUACACUUGAUGUUUCCUCUGACUGGGCAGGAUAAACACAAACCUGAUUUGUACUGUUGUAAUGAAUCACAUUGUACAGUGGGGGGAGGGGUGGGGGGGC